AUGCCUGGAGAACGAGAGGAUGAGAUUUGUCGAAAGGCGCUGGAGCUGCUGUCCGACCUGUGCUCCAAGGGCGAGGUGCAGGACGACAACUGCCUGGAUUUCAUCUACUACUUCAGGGACCUGGCCAGACCGCGGUACACCGACUCAGAUGUGUCGGUGAGCCUGUUGUCCCUGCUGGUGACCACCUGUGGUCUGGCCCUCUUCAGCGUCUCCCUCUUCGUAUCAUGGAAGCUGUGCUGGGUGCCGCUCAGUGGGCGCUUCCUCCCCGACGUCCUCAAGGGGGCGCACUUCCUGGGAGGAGACCAGCAGCCCGUCCUCACAGAGGUGGACGGGGAGGAACGGGAGUACAGCGAGGACGGCUGCGUGAAGGAGCCUUCGGGGCCGCCGUCGGCCGUCGCUGUCCCAGAAUCGGCCCUGAAGAUCAGCCACACGUCGCCUGACAUCCCCCUGGAGACCCAGACCAAGGUGGAGAAGAACCAGGUCCACACCCUGGCCAGGGACCGGGUCCAGAGGCAGAUCACUGAGCCUACCUCCUCUGUACGGCACAACUCCAUCCGCCGACAGAUGAACUUGUCCAAUCCGGACUUCAACCCGGCUCAGUUCCAGCGCCAGGACUCUCUGUCUGGUUUGGGCCGGAUCAAACCGGAGCUCUACAAGCAGCGGUCGGUGGACGCGGAAGAUGGCCGCCGGAGCGACAGCUGUGGGCGUCUCCACUUCAUCCUCAAGUUUGACUUUGACCUGGAGCAGCUGAUCGUGAAGAUCCACAAGGCCCAGGACCUUCCCGCCAAGGACUUCUCAGGGACCUCCGAUCCUUACGUCAAGAUCUACCUGCUGCCCGACCGCAAAACCAAGCACCAGACCAAGGUGCACCGAAAGACUCUCAACCCCGUGUUCGAUGAGGUGUUUCUGUUUCCCGUGGCGUACGCCGAGCUGUCCAAUCGGAAGCUGCACUUCAGCGUCUACGACUUCGACAGGUUCUCUCGGCACGACUUGAUUGGCCAGGUGGUGGUGGACAACUUCCUGGAUCUGGCCGACUUUCCCCGGGAGACAAAACUGUGCCGGGACAUUCAGUAUGUAACCUCGGACAACGUGGACCUUGGAGAGCUGAUGUUCUCGCUGUGCUAUCUCCCCACGGCCGGCAGGCUCACCAUCACCAUGAUCAAAGCCAGAAAUCUCAAAGCCAUGGACAUCACCGGAGCUUCAGAUCCGUACGUAAAAGUGUCUUUGAUGUGCGAAGGCCGGAGGCUAAAGAAGAGAAAGACGUCGACCAAGCGCAACACUCUGAACCCGGUGUACAAUGAAGCCAUUGUGUUCGAUGUUCCGCCCGAGAACAUCGACCAGAUCAGCCUGCUCAUCGCCGUCAUGGACUACGACCGGGUCGGACACAACGAGGUGAUCGGGGUGUGCAGGGUGGGCAACGAGGCCGAGAGUUUGGGCCGAGACCACUGGAGCGAGAUGCUGACGUACCCACGGAAACCCAUCGCACACUGGCACCCGCUGAUAGAGUGGGUCGGACAGGGAGCGACGGUCAGCGGCAGCCAGGGAGGAUCCACCAACUCCCUGAAGACCCCUCCAUCACCGUGACCACACAUCAUCCACUCACGCUGAAGAGGCUCAGGGCGGUGGAAGGACGGACGGACGGCGGGCCCACGGAGGGUCCCAGCGUAGACGUGAAACCGGACUAACUAGAAGCUCCAACCGCUGCGUGGUUAGGCUGAGUUUUAGUGACCGUUGCCGAGGCUAACACCCACUUCCUACUUCCUCUCGUGUCUUCACAACCAAAACUAACUACAUUCCAAGUGAACUACUGCGAUACUUUCAUUUGUCAUACGGAGCUGUUUACUGACAGUAUUAACAGGUUGAGAUUAUCUAACAGGCCAAGCUUCUCUUCUUCUUCUUCUUUUUAUUGUUUUUUUUGUUUUGUUUUUGUGGACCAAAGUCGUUUAUUUUUAGGCGAACGUGUGGAGUCGUAACCGUGCGAGUGAUCAGCUUUCAUAGACAAAACAUUUGCUCGGUAGUUAGAAGCAAAGGCAGAGUUUUCCCUGCUCAGGACUCUUUUGGACAUGUUUUGCGUUGAGCGUUCGAUCUCGUCACGCGUUGGUUGGUUGUAACGGUUCGUGGUUUCACGUCAGGGUAAAGACGUAAACCGUGGAGGAUUUGCUCCGAGAAUGUUUAGAACAGCCGGCAGAGUGAACAUUAAAGUGUUUUAUUAAGUGCAUGUUAAGCUGUCAUACUUUGUUCACAGGGUGUGGUCAAAAUAAAGGAAACACAAGCGGAA